UGUGUGGUACUUCAAUGGGGCAUUUGGGUGAAGAUGGUGAUCUUGGAAAGGGAGUGAGCAUGAAUGGUAAUGAAGAGAGUUUGGAGAGAAGGGUCCACACAUCUUCCAUUGAAGAUGCUGUCAAAGUCCUCUUGACUGCUCUAGGUGAAGAUAUCAACAGGGAAGGCAUCAUAAAGACGCCACUUCGUGUUGCCAAGGCCCUUUCCGAAGGAACCAGAGGUUAUGUUCAAAGUGUGAAGGAAAUUGUGGAAGGUGCAUUAUUCCCUGAAGCUGGUCUAGACCAUACCGAAUUCGCUGGUGAUGGAGGUGGAGUAGGUGGAGUUGUGAUUGUGAGGGACCUUGAGUUUUACUCCUACUGUGAGUCUUGCAUGCUACCAUUCUAUUUCAAGUGCCAUGUGGGGUAUGUCCCUUCUGCCCAAAGAGUUCUCGGUUUAAGCAAACUCUCUCGUGUCACCAAUGUGUUUGCAAAACGUCUCCAAGAACCUCAAAGACUUGCAAAUGAGGUGUGUUCUGCUUUGCAUGAAGGAAUUCAACCCACAGGUGUUGCUGUUGUGCUUCAAUGCAAACACAUUCCCUUUCCAGACAUGGAAUCAUACUCUCUUGGCUCAAACCACAAAGGAGUGGUGGGGAUACUGGUUUCUUCAGGCUCCGGUGUUUUUGAAAACAAAGAUGCAAACUUGUGGGCUGACUUUUUUGGCCUCCUUAACUUUAGAGGCAUUGACAAGGACAAAAUUCUUGAUAAGGGGUCAAUGGACGACCAAUGUUGGUGUCCUUCUUUGUCUUCUAAAGUCUCAUCCGAGAACGAAGAGCUGAACCCUGCUAUGCUCACUGCAGUAGCUUCAAUUCUCAAGUCUUUAGGCGAGGAUCCAACUAGGAAGGAAUUAGAAGGGACUCCUGCUAGGUAUACCAAAUGGCUGAUGAACUUCAAGUGUAAUAGCAUUGAGAGGGCGCUGAAUUGUUGGCUUGGGAUUCGGACAAAUGGUGCUUUGAACACUAAUGAGGGGUUAGGUUUUGAUGAAAAGCUACAGUCAGAGCUGAACUUGCCUUUUCUGUCACAGUGUGAGCAUCAUUUGCUUCCAUUUCAUGGUGUUGUUCACAUAGGAUACUUCGUUUCCAAAGGGUUUCAUCCCAUUGAGAAAAGCCUGUUGCAGUCAAUAGUGCAUUUUUAUGGUAUUAAGCUGCAGGUUCAAGAAAGGGUGACCAAGCAGAUUGCAGAAACUAUUUCCCCAUUGAUUGGUGGAACUGUGAUAGUAGUGGUGGAAGCAAGUCACACAUGCAUGAUUUCUCGGGGAAUUGAGAAGUUUGGUAGUAAUACUGCUACCAUUGCUGCAUUUGGACGCUUUUCAACUGACCUUGCUGCAAGAGCUGUGUUUCUCAAUACUAUUCCCAAGGCCACAUAUAUUUGAGAGCAUUGAUGAUUUUCAAAGGGUUAUGUUCGCCGUUGGAUAUCGGAAUUUCAAAAGUUCAGUCUGUGUCAAAAAUAAAUGUUGUCUUAAUAAGCAUUGUUGUUUUCAUGAUCCAAUACAAGCCAGUGCAGUCAGGA